UGCUACCAAUUGAGUAACAUUCAAUGUACAAUCAAAACUAUAAGCUUUAUCAAUACAUUAUUGACAUUUAUCACACAUUUAAUAACAUAUUGCAAGCAAGAUGAACAUUCAUUAAUAAUAAUUACAAAAUAAAGACAUGAAAAUGGCGGAUACUGGCAAUUGUUUUCCUUUACAUCAAUGUAUUUUCAGUGGAGAUAUAAGAAAACUUUCAGGAUUGCUUUGCAUUCAUGAUGUUGGAAAAAAAGAUAAACACGGAAAUACGCCCUUACAUCUGGCAGUUAUGUUAGGCAAAAAGGAAUGUGUUCAUAUAUUAUUAGCUCAUGGUGCACCUGUCAAAGUGAAAAAUUUACAAGGAUGGAGUCCCCUAGCUGAGGCCAUCAGUUAUGGUGACAGGCAAACAAUAUCCUCCUUAGUGAGAAAAUUGAGUCAGCAAUCACGAGAGCAAAUGGAUAUACGUAGACCAAAUUUAGUAGCUGCACUAACAAAGAUACAAGAUUUUUAUAUGGAAUUAAAAUGGGAUUUCCAGUCUUGGGUGCCUUUAGUAUCUAGGAUACUGCCAUCUGAUAUUUGUAAGAUACAUAAGUCUGGAUCAAAAAUAAGACUAGACACAACAUUAGUAGACUUUUCAGAAAUGAAAUGGGAAAGGGGGGAUAUAACUUUUAUCUUUCAGGGUGAUAAACCUCCAGGCGAAUCUUUGACCGUCAUAGAUAAUAAAUCUCAAGUCUAUCAGAAAGUUAGAUAUGAAGAUUCUGAAUUAGAUAUAGAAGACGAAGUAGAUGUGCUUAUGUCGAAUGACAUUAUAGCGGCACAGAUGUACAAAGGUAUUACAUUUACCCGAGCGCAAUCAGGGUGGUUU